AUGGACUUUGACCAUGCCAACCUAACCUUGACAGAGGGUACACACACUACUGUAUGGCUGGAGGAAGAUAGCAAUUCCACAUAUCCUCAUGGUUACAGUCAGGCUGGGCCUGCAGCAGAUCCUGCAGUGCUGUUGAUCUUGUGGUGCUUUGUGCCACCACCAAACCAGGGGGCAGAAGCUCAGACACCACCAGAUCUGACUCAGGGUACUGCUAGCAACAGCACCAGUGAUUCUGGUAAUCAGGAUCUGUCAGAAGGGUCAAGCAGUGCAAGUAGCACUCAAGUUCAGUCAGUGGGGUUGGCAUUUAAGUCACAGGGAGAAGCUCCAAUUAAUCACCCUUCAAUUGUGGAGGAUGCUGAGGAAGGAGAUAUUUUCUUCUACUGGAUCACAGGUGCUGAGAAGUGGCAGAUGUGGAUAUGGAAAUGUGUUGAAUGUAGUUACAGCUGGCAUCCAGUCCAGGAGGGAGAGCAGAUUAAGGGACCUGAUGGCUCUCCCAGGUAUUUAGUAGUGAACAGCAGUAACCAACCAUCCAUAGUGCAGGCAGGGGCAUGGGAGAAGCACUAUAGGCACAAGAUCUGGAAUACUACUGCAUGUAUUGAGCAUGAGAAAUUCACAGUGGUGGUGAAGUAG